CAUAAUGGCAAACAGACGCGAAGAACACAGCGCAGCAAACAGUCCCAGAGUGAAAAUAUUACUCAGAAUUCCUGCACUCGCACCUUUACUCACAGCCACACCCAUGACGAUUCCGAAUCGGAUGCGGUUACGGAUAAUAAUAUGAAUCCAGGUCCGACGUUUACGCACUCAAGACCCAAUAGGAAGAUCGUAUUAUCGAAGCGUACCAAAAGACUUCCGAAUCAUAAGAAUCGGAUCGUAAGAACAGCCUUCAACGUAAAUCCCGACGAACUAGGCCACUUUCAACUAGUUGAGCUCGAGUCUGAGAAAGAGGAACCACAAGCUAAUCAGACACGAUCGCAUCCAGACUCCGACCCGGACUCGUUGCCGGGCCAAUGGUCGCCCAGUUUGGUUGUGCAACAGGCGGACAUAUCGAUUGAUGGCUUGGGGGUUGCCGAUUGUAUUGAGUACCUGAAUAAUCAGGUAGAAGUGGACGACAGCUUGCUGGCCAGCAUCAACUCGGCAAAGCUUGUGUCGGUUCGCUUAGGUUCAAAUUAUUACAAAGAUCCGAAAUUAAAACUAAAUGAUCGUUGGUCCACCAAGCUUCAAUUACACCACUUCAAUUAACCUAGUUUACAUUUCGUUCUCCUCACAAGAGCUAUGUGAAAAUAUCGAUCCUUACACCUACACACACUUAUAAUAUAAAGGGUGUUUUUCUUUGUUUUUGGGUACCACAGACCUAUUUUUGUCAAACAAAGUGAAAGUAAAAGUGGUCGACGGUGCACAACUAGGAGAUACUCAGCAAUAUUUCAUUUCCAAUAAAUCCGUAAGCUCUCUCCUCUUGUAGUUAUUCUUGUGAUGUAAGUUCAUGCUAGGACUUUUUUAUUUAACAUCCGAUCGACCCAUAACUCAUUUCGAAAGAUCUUUGUGCAAAUUCAUUUCGAACCUUUCGCAAAAUCCAGACCUCCUUGGUGGAAAAUGGGUGGAAACGAUUUGUGCUAUUUCCUACUUUUUCCCAAAAUGGUACGAAAGCUCUUUAUCUUAUUGAAUGAACAAAUGGUUCAAGGAUAUUGGAAGUGAAUACAGAAACUUAAAACGUAUUUUCAAACAUAGAUAUGUGAAAUAUAAUUUGAGACAUGCUGUUCAAGGAAAUGAGGGUAUAUUUCGAUUUGCCACGGUGGAGAAUGUGUGGAAAAGUGAUAUCUUAAAUAGGUAAUAGGCCGUGGAGAAAACGCCAAUUUUAUAAAUGCACAAAAAAUGUUAACCACAAUUUUGGAAAUUGAUAACUUCUGGGUAAAUAUUCUGGGAAAAAUCUGGCAAAAUGAGAGAUAUAUAGCUUAGAAUUUGGGCACAUUUAUUUUGUAAAGGUUCAGUGCCAUUUUUCGACCUGAAAACCCUAUAUAAAGCUCAAUCUUCAAAAAAGUCAUGCAAGAAUCAAUUUUCCAAAGUGUGAAGAUAUCUUCUGGUUGAGUACUUAACAAUCUUUGUUUUUUUUUUCUCAAAUAAAAAAACUAAUCAAUUCCAUAAAUAUUUUGGGACUAACGAAGUGGUAGACAAAAAAGUCUUUGGAAGUUUCACUCAGUUAACUUUCAUUGAAAGCCAAUAUGCUCAGUAUAUGGUAUAUGGUAUAUGGUUUUUGUCUCUUUGAACCAAUAAAAAAAGUCCUUGUAAAUGAUGCAAAUUUCUUUGGUACCUGAUUCGAAAAUUCAGCUUAUUUUGUAAGACAAUUUCUUUGUUAAUCUUUCUCUUACCCUAUACCGUUAAGUAGUAGAAAAUAGUACUGUACAUUUGAUGUGGCAAUAUACUAACUUUUGCGAGCGUAAUAUUUUAGUUUACAGACAUUUUAGACAAGCUCGGACAUGUACACACACACACACACACAUACACUUUAAAACGCAUGUACAUACAUACAUACACACAUACAUUAUUAGAUGCGUUUGAAACCGAGUGAUGGAAACUUUUAAAAUCUCACAAAAAGAAUGUCAAAAAUGUAACUAUGUAAAUCUAGUCAAAUUUAUAAAAUAAACAAGGUACAACUAAAUACAAAUAUAUAAUAAUAAUAAUAAUACACUGAAGUCAUUUAAACUUAAACACACAAAUAACACUAUGUGUAAAUACUGUAAUGCUUUUUACAUUAUCGAAAUUUAACUAUAUAAAUAUGUAUAUGUAUAUACGCGUGUACUAUUAGAAAGGAACAUACAUAUAUAUACACACACACAUGUGCAUAUUGUAUGUACAUAAGUAUGUACGGUUAUUUAGUUUUGCAAAUACCAAAUACCAAAAGAAAAAAAUACCAAUGUUUAAUGUCUUUAUAUUUUCUCACUGAAGAUAGAAUCCAAACAUUUAGAAACAAGUAGCACGAAUGACUUAAUAUAUAAUAUUAUAUUAGUUAUGUGGGUGCAUAUACAUAUAUAUAUAUAUAUAUAUGGUAUAUGCAUACUACUUAUUAUUUAACAGUUAUUGAAGAAAAAUAUGAACACGAAUGCGAAUACUCAUACAGAUGCAGCGCUAAGAUACAUAUAUGCUAGUCAAUUUAGUCUAAACGAGGUGCAAACACAUACAAUGCACAUACAAUGAACACUACAAAUAUUAUAAAUGGAGUACGUACAUUUACGUAGACCCAUUCAAAUACUUACAUACAUAUGUAUAAAUAAGCUGCCUCUCCUACUCUUUCUUUAAGUAUCAUAUCUGAAGUAAUUGUGCAAUAAAUAACAUCUAGCACAUGAAA